AUGGGGGAUAACCGGCAACAGCAACAGAACUAUGGGUCAAACAGGAGUGAUGGAAAGACAUCAAAGGCCACUGUGAUGCCAGCAAACAGGAAGCAUGUGUCAACUAUGAUGGCUGAGAAGACCGCAAAAGUGAUUGCAUCAACUGCAAAACAUAUCAAGAACAAGAAUAAGAUAAAUCCUGGGGAGUACGGAAAUAUAUCUUAUGUCAUUAUUGAUUUAGACUACUUUUGA